UGGUUCAUACCGUCUGCACAGCGUUCAAGUCUCAGCUCACACGCGAUACCAAGUUUAUCGCUCUUGACUGUCGGAGGCCCUUAUAUAUUCCGGCAACUUUUUGAUCCACAGUCUUCGACCUACACCUAUUUACUUGGCGAUGCACAGUCCCGUGAGGCGCUUAUUAUUGAUCCGGUUCUCGAAAAAGCGGAAAGAGAUAUCGAUCUGGUGAAAUCUCUAGACCUGCGUCUACUCUACGCCAUCAACACUCAUUGCCACGCAGAUCACGUGACUGGCACGUACAAGUUGAAGCAAGGGAUCAAGGGCUGUCGGAGCGUUAUCUCUGCCCUGUCUAAGGCGAAGGCCGACGUGUUCUUCAAAGAUGGCGAUACCAUCCACUGUGGAAGCAUUGAGUUGGAAUGUCGAAGCACGCCAGGUGAGUUCUUUUAA